UCUGGCGCUCACUUAUUUCAACUUCUCUCCACCCUUGUGUCUCUAUUCUCUCUCUCUCUCUCUCUCUCUCUCGCGACAAACAUUAACAAAUCACAAUUUCACAGGCUUCACUCCCCCUAUUGCACCUCACUCCUAUAUACAUUGUUGGUGCCACCACGUUCUCCGCCGGAAAUGAUGGUGUUGAGGCACGCCGGAGGAGGAGGAGGCGGUUUUCUGGCAGGAAAGCAGGUCGUUCCUGUAAACUGCGAAGCGGAGGUCUCGCAGCGCCUUCUGGAAGCCUCGCUUUGUAAUGAUACGAAAUCGGCUUUCGGAUGCCUCGCCGAUCCGUUCGUCGACGUCAACUAUGUUGGCGCUGUCUGCUUGAAGAUUCGGCAGACCGGUGUCGUUUUGCGUGAGGAAUCUCCGAGCCAAGUGCGCGUCGAUUACGAGGAGUUCCGCACAGAUGUUACGGCGUUAUUCGUUGCUGUUACUAAUGGGAACUUGAGUCUCGUGAGGAAAUUACUGAGUGCAGGAGCUGAUGUGAACCUACGACUAUUCAGGGGCUUUGCAACAGCUGCAGCUGCUAGGGAGGGCCACCAUGAGAUCCUGCAGAUCCUACUUAAGGCUGGAUCAUCUCAACCUGCUUGUGAGGAAGCGCUGUUAGAGGCUAGCAGCCAUGGGCAUUGGCAAUUAGUGGAGCCACUUAUGGGUUCUGACCUCAUCAGGCCCCAUGCUGCUGUUCAUGCUCUUGUGACUGCAUGUUGCAGAGGCUUUGUGGAGGUGGUGGAUGCUCUAAUUAAGUGUGGAGUGGAUGUGAAUACAACAGACCGCAUUUUGCUUCAAUCAUGUAAGCCUUCUCUGCAUACAAAUGCUGACUGUACAGCACUUGUGGCCGCUAUUGUCAGUAGGCAGAUCUCUGUGGUCCACCUACUACUGGAGGCCGGUGUCAGAACUGAUGUCAAAGUGCAGCUUGGGGCAUGGUCAUGGGAUUUGGCUUCAGGCGAGGAAUUCCGAGUCGGUGCAGGACUGGCUGAGCCUUACCCAAUCACCUGGUGUGCUGUGGAAUAUUUUGAAGCAACUGGUUCUAUUCUGCAGAUGCUCCUUCAACACAUCUCCCCCAAUACUCCUCAUCAUGGAAGAACUCUUCUCCACCAUGCUAUUCUGUGUGACAACGGAGAGGCCGUUAGAAUACUUCUGAAAUGUGGUGCUCAGAUAGAGACACCAGUCAAAACCACACGGAAAACAGAAUCUCGUCCCAUACAUAUGGCUGCUCGUCUUGGAUUUUCAAUAGUUCUUCAUAGUUUAAUUGAUUCUAGCUGUGAUCUGAACUCAACAACAGAGGCUGGUGAGACAGCCCUAAUGAUCUGUGCCAGAUAUAAGCGGGAAGAGUGCCUCCAAGUAUUGGCAAAGGCAGGUGCUGACUUUGGCCUGGUCAACAUAGCUGGCCAAUCUGCAUGUUCCAUAGCUCGUUCAAGUCGUUGGUAUCUUGGUUUUCAACAGGCAUUACUCGAUGUAAUAAGAACUGGGACUGUGCCCAAAUCUACCAACAUGUCUGUUUUUGCGCCUCUGUUAUUUGUAGCUCAAUCAGGAGAUGUUCUCGCCUUGAAAGCCCUGAUUGGACGUGCAGAUAUUGAUCUGGACAUGCAAGACGACAGAGGAUUCUCUGCAGUCAUGGUUGCUGCAAUGGAGGGCCACGUUGAUGCUUUCCGGUUGCUUGUUUAUGCUGGGGCUGAUGUUAAGCUAUGCAAUAAAUCUGGUGAGAACGCUAUAACACUCUCCAAACUCGGUAAGAACAGGGAUCUCUUUGAAAAGGUGAUGCUUGAGUUUGCUCUGGAGAAGGGAAACCGAGUCUCUGGAGGAUUUUAUGCCCUACAUUGUGCUGCUCGACGUGGUGACUUAGAUGCUGUCAAGUUGUUAGCAAGCAAAGGUUACGACAUCAAUGCCUCUGAUGGGGAUGGUUAUACGCCACUCAUGCUGGCAGCAAGGGAAGGCAAUGGUAAAAUGUGUGAGCUGCUUAUCUCGUUUGGAGCACAUGUUGACGUAAAAAACUCAAAUGGCGAAUCUGCACUUUCACUUGCCCGAAAACUUGGAAAACUCCAUAAUGAAGCUGAGAACAUGAUACUAAAUGCCCUUGCACGCAAAUUGGUAUUAGGUGGCUCCAGGGUGAAAAAGCACACCAAAGGAGGAAAGGGAGCUCCACACAUGAAGCUCGUCAACAUGGUAGGAUCGACCGGAAUUCUACGAUGGGGAAACUCAAGUUGCCGAAAUGUUAUUUGCCGAGAAGCGGAAGUGGGACCGAGUUUAAACUUCCAGAGAAAUAGGCAGAGGAAAGGCGAUGCUAAGGAACCUGGAAUAUUUCGUGUGAUGACUACGAAGAACAAGGAAGUGCAUUUUGUGUGUGAUGGAGGAAUGGAGAUGGCGGAGUUGUGGGUGCGCGGAAUAAGGCUUGUGACGGGAGAGGCUAUUUUUGGCAAGUAGGAGGAAAGGCGUUUAUUUAGGAUGUUUGUACAGAUAUGUUGCAGUACUCUAUCUCAUAGUACUGGGAGCUAUUUCUCUUCAUUUUGUAAAGGUUUUGACUUGCUUUAGUUGUAAAUUCAUUUUUUUUAAGUGAUUUUA